GCCAUCGUAGCCAGGAAUAGCGGGGCCGCCGGGACUGGGGGCCGUCUCUUUGUUGCUCUCAUCAUUGGGGGUAUUUGCCAUAGUUGCCACGCUUUGCGAGCGGGUUGGCAACCGCAGUUUUUUAUUGUACUUUUGCUGUUAUCAGGAAGCUGCCCAUCUCCUGCCUGUUUCCCUUUGUCGCCUUUUACGACACCCACGGGAAGAUAUGGGGUAGUGGAUAUUCUUAACCGCCAUUACACGGCGUAGGUAUACUGUUAUGUAAUUUAAUUUGUAUUGUAUUUUAUUUUUUAUUUAAAUAAAUGGUAAAUUGUAUAACUCUGUUAUUCCAUUUCAUAUAAGAUGAGGGCCUAUCAAGCUCUUUCUAGACAUAAUGUUCUUUAAAAUACAGUCAAGUUAAUGUCAUUAAUUUGUUUUUACAAGUUUUAACCAUGUUUUAGCACAUGUAAGCUCUUAUUAAAUGUAAACUUUUAUUAAGAAACAGAUUGACACCCUUCGCCGUGGGACACGAUAGAUAGCUCAGUUGGUUAGAGCAUCGACACGGAUCGCUUAGGUCGUGGGUUCAAACCCCACCCAGUGUCAGUUGAGUUUUCGAAUUUCUCAUCAAAUAUUUAGACAUUUAAUAAUUUGGUUGGUCUUUACUAUGGCUAUGUUAAUUCAAGCUGAAAAUGUACCUACUCUGUUAAGUUGUUAUAAGAUCUAAAGUAACGUUUAAUAAAUAUCAAUAGGCUAAUAGGUAAUUGCGAGACUUGCGAGACUCUUGCUGCAAGAUCAAGACCAAGACCAAGACUGGGAGCGCAAUACCAAGAACAAGACCAGGUGUAUUGGCGCAAGACCAAGAUCAAGACUGGCUAAGUCUCGUCUUGUUCUGGCAUUUGGGCAACACUACUCAAGGGAAUGGUCUAAAGAUGAAUGUAGACAGGCAGAGAUCAUAUGAAUAAUAUUGUUCUUAAGAACACUUAUUGGCAUAGUUAUUGGCAAUAACACAUUCUACAGAAAAGUCAAGCAUACCCAGGAUAAGUCAGUUUUAGCUCCUACUUAGGCCAAGAGGUCAAUUAACGAAUCUAACUCGGCUGGGCUACAUUCGGAACAUUACGAUACAUCUUCUCUUCAAAUAUUCAUCAAAAUCUUAGAUGUAUCUAAACUCUAAACCGUAGAUGCACAGACCGCGGCCCUCCGGUCGAAUACUGGUGGCCCGCCGAUAGCAAAAAUAAUACUCUCGUACAUUCGAAAAAUAUUGAAUUAUAUUCCAGAAUAAAACCAAAAAAAAAUAUGUUCGAAAAGUAAUUUGAAACUCGCGCGCGCGCUCUUAAGUGCGCUUAUCGGUGCGCCGUGCAUGCGUCGGUAACAGCGGUCGGUAAUGUUCGUGCUGAUCUCGGUUAAAUUCGUUUUCUUGAGGAACCGCCGCGGCCGGCGGCGCGGCGACGACGGCAGCGCGGUGGCGGCUUAUCCACGGGUUAUAUUGUUAGAGCAAGCGAGAUAGCAAUAGUCCCGAAUUCCCGAUUGCUCGCGUAGGUAGAUACACGAACCUUCCAGAGUCGGUUUCGUGAUUUCUCCAGACAGUUUUCGACUCUAUACGCGCGGUAUAAAAGCCACGCUAACCGCAACGACCGACAGUUCGGUUUUAAUUUGAGUGAAGUGUCAAUAGUUCUAGUGUAGAUUUUAACUCGACUAGCCGGUGUCAUAUAUUUUGAUCCACAUUCAACGUAGAUUUCCCGUCAAGUGCCGUGUAUAAUUGUGUUGUGAAAUCAUAAGCAAAACUCUGUUAUUAAUAAGUGUUUCCCUACCUAUUUAAUCAAUUAUUUUUGGUAAUUUAAAAAAGGAUGGGCAAUUUAAGUAGGUACUGUAAUUGUUUUUAGGUGCUGUGUUAAUCCUAGCCAGGAUUAGAACGUAACAUCGACAAGCCAGGACCUAGUAAAAAACGUAAGGUUAAAGAUGAAAAUCGUCAGUUUCAAGAAAUUUGAACUGAGAAAUACUUUUUUGUAUGGUCGCAUAACAAAGUCGUUUGUUUAAUUUGCAAGAAUUCUGUUGCGAUUGCAAAGGAAUAUAAUGUAAAAAGGCACUAUGAAACGCAGCAUCCUACUUUUACCAAGUUUACAGGCGAAUUAAGAAAGCAAAAAAUGUUGUCUUUAAAACGGGAGCUUAUUGGUCAGCAAGCUAUGUUUACAAAACCCAUUCAAGAUUCAGAAACAGCUACAGAAGAUAGUUAUGAAAUUUCUCGAAUGAUAGCAAAGCGAAGUCGCCCCUUCAAUGAUGGGGAUUUUGUAAAAGAAUGCAUAGAAAUUGCCGCUAAGAAAAUGUGUCCAACAAUUCCUUGAUGACAUCGAAAGCGAAUAUGGAGAUUCACUGUAUUAUACAGAAGUAAGGUGGCUAAGUCGUGGAUUGACACUGGAACGAUUUCUAAAUUUAAUAGAAGAAAUUGGAAUAUUUCUGGAGGAAAAGCAAAGGGAUGUCCCGGAACUUAAAAAUCCUGAUUGGUUGUGUGAUUUGGCUUUUUUAGUUAAUAUUACAAAUCAGCUCUACGCUCAUGUAUCAUCCUUUCAAUGCAAGCUGACACUUUUCAGAUCGCAAUUGAAUUCUGGAAAUUACAAUCAUUUUCCGAAUUAUAAGAAAAUGGCUGAAAAAUUCAACAAAACUGCGAUUAAUUUCAGUUAUGUAGAAGAGCUAGAUAUUUUGAUUCAAUCUUUUCAAGACAGAUUUUCGGAGUUUAAAAAAGUGAAACCUCUGUUAUGUCCAACAGCAAUCCUUUCACGAUUUCAGUUGAAAAUGCGCCAGAGUCAAUGCAGUUAGAAAUUAUCGACAUUCAAAACGACCAAGAUUUACGCAACAAAUUCAACGAAGGAGACUUGCUGAACUUUUACCGCUGCAUUGAUAAAAAUACGUACAAAGAGUUGCGCAUAAACGCUCUGAAAUGUGCCAGCUUAUUUGGUUCUAACUAUAUAUGUGAACAAACCUUUUCAAUACUAAAUAAUAAUAAAACAAAAAAUCGAAACCGCCUUGAAAAUGAAAGUUUGGAAGCAGUUUUACGUGUUGCUACAAGUAAAUUUGAGCCAAAUAUAAAAAAAGGUUGUAAGCACUAUGCAGUGCCACGCUUCAAAUUAAUAAAUUCUUUUUCAAUUUUAAUACAUUAUUAUCAAUUCUUUAUUGUCUUUAAUUACCUAUACUUCUGGCGGCCCGCCAUCAGUUCAUAAUUUGCCCGAGUGGCCCCUAGUCUUAAUAAGUCUGUGCAUCACUGCUCUAAACAGUUCGUGUAGCCAGGGGAGGCCUAUAUUCAGUAGAGAACAUGUGAAGAGUUAUAAUGAAAAUGAAAUGCUUAUUAAGAUAUUUAAUUUCAAUAUCAUGCAACCUAUUGCUCGACAUGGAGCUACGAUUUGGGACGAUUUAACGUUGAUUCCAAUAGUAAUGCGGUGAUUGACGAUUGCAGUAAUAUACCUCUUGCAUCUUUGGCCUUCUUGUUGACCGUCUGCAAUUUUUUAAUAAGUAUAUUAAUCACAGACGUUUUAAUAAGUAUAUAAACCGUCGAACUGAAGUCAAACUGGGCCGAAUAUAUCUGUCAAGUAGUCGGAGUUAUGGGCCAAACUUUUCACGUAAUGGGUCCCAAACAAUGUUAGACUACGACGUGAUAGGCCCGGGGGUAAAAGGCAGGUAAAACUGAACAUUUUCUGUACAGACUGGACUCUAAAAGCCUUAAAUUGUGGAGUGUGGAAAAAAUGUUAGAGCCCUUUGUUAUGAAUGGGCCACAACGGGCUGCAAAUAAUAAUAAUCUGUAUAUUAACCGGUAUAGUAUAAGGUUUAUUUUUGCUUGAAACAGUCGAAAUCGUUCAUGCAAAAAAAGUUCGUUAAUAAAUAGUCUUUUGUCAAACCACCGCCGUAUAGCGCCGGCGUUUUUUCCUUUUGAAAACACUUGUUUUGCUAUUCUUACUAAUUAGACGUUUUCAGAUCGACUUUACUUUUACAUUUGUAUAACAUUAAAUAAUAUUUAACAUUUGUAAAUAUGUUAAAUAUUAUUUAAUGAAAAAAAUAAAAAAUAAACCUUAUUUUUUUUCAAAUUGAGGUUCUUGGUUGUUUGACAUUUACAAAUGUUAUUAUUAGGUGAAAACUUAAUUUAAUAAAAACCAAGGUUUUCCAGGGUGAUUUAGCUGUACCUAUUUGCAUAAAUGAUUUUUUUUAUAAAACAAAAAAUAGUACAAAAGGUUUGUAAUCUCUGCAUAAAAAAAGUCACUUACUCUCAAUUUCAAAGAAAACGCGUAGAAAAACACGUAGUUACCUACUAAAAACAAGUAUCCUUCCGUUUUUAACUGAUGUUUGAUGUCAACUAAACUUAAUUAGGUCUAAACAAGUG